CUGCCUUCCUUCCCCUCCUACUUUCUAAUCUCUCCCUGCAACACAGUUACUUUGUUAGAGAAGGCAGGUUUCAAGCUGCAGGUCCAACCGUCUUAACGAGGUAGUGAUUUGAAAUAAGGCAACAGUGUUAUCAAUAAAUAUGAACUGAAACUCUGUGACACCUGUAGUCCACCACAUUGUCCAAACAGCUAACUGGCUUCUUCAGCUACAACACCGUCCCAAGAGGAUCGAAGAAGCCUCCUAGUAACUGAACUGAUGUUGCUGGCUUCCAGACAUUCUAAAAGCACCAACCAGAGCAUUUUAAAGAAGCUUUAGUCAUUUACUGACUGACUUUCAACUUUUUCUAAGGAAACAUUCUUCUGCUGCUUGGCCCUUUCCUUGUUGGGAAAAAAAGACACAAACACACUGAAAUCUUUAAACUACUGAAGCACACAGUCAUUGGUGGCAACAUAGAACGGUUAUUCACUUGAAAGAAAAAGAGAAGAGUGAACUUGGAGGCAAUGGACAACAAGGAGCAGGCUGCAGAGAUCCUGUUGUCCCUAUCACCUCUGGAGGUUGGUGGGCUUAAAGACGGAAUCAAUUUUUUUCGGAAUAAGAGCAGUGGCAAAAACUACAUCUUAUACAAAGAUAAAAACCACCUUCGGGCCUGCAAGAACAUGUGCAAACACCAAGGAGGAUUAUUUAUAAAAGACAUCGAAGAUUUGGAUGGAAGGUCUGUUCGUUGCACAAAGCACAAUUGGAAGCUGGAUGUGAGCACCAUGAAGUACAUCAACCCACCAGGCAGUUUCUGUCAAGAUGAACUGGUGAUUGAAAUGGAUGAAAAUAAUGGACUUUUGCUAAUAGAACUGAAUCCUCCUAACCCUUGGGAUGCAGACCCUCAUCCUCCUAAGGACUUAGCUUUUGGAGAGGUGCAGAUAACAUACCUCACCCAUGCCUGCAUGGAUCUCAAAUUAGGAGAUAAGAAAAUGAUAUUUGACCCUUGGUUAACUGGUCCUGCCUUUGCUAGAGGAUGGUGGCUGCUUCACGAGCCUCCUUCGGAUUGGCUAGAGAGGCUGUGCCAAGCAGAUCUCAUUUACAUCAGUCACAUGCAUUCUGAUCACUUGAGCUAUCCUACUCUGAAGAGGCUUGCUGACAGAAGACCAAACAUUCCUAUUUAUGUUGGAAACACAGAAAGGCCUGUGUUUUGGAAUCUGAAGCAGAGUGGUGUGGCAUUGACCAACAUUCAUGUGGUACCAUUUGGAACUUGGCAGAAGGUAGAUCGGAAUCUUCGAUUCAUGAUCUUGAUGGACGGUGUUCACCCUGAAAUGGAUACUUGCAUCAUUGUGGAGUAUAAAGGUCAUAAAAUCCUCAACACAGUGGACUGUACCCGACCUAAUGGGGGGAGACUUCCUGAGAAGGUUGAUCUGAUGAUGAGUGAUUUUGCUGGAGGAGCAUCCGGCUUUCCAAUGACAUUCAGCGGUGGAAAGUUUACUGAGGAGUGGAAGGCCCAGUUCAUUAAAACGGAGAGGAAGAAACUCCUGAACUAUAAGGCCCAGCUGGUGAAGGACCUACAACCCAGAAUUUAUUGCCCUUUUGCUGGAUAUUUUGUGGAGUCCCACCCAUCAGACAAGUACAUUAAGGAAACAAAUACCAAAAAUGACCCAAAUGAACUCAACAACCUCAUUAAAAAAAUCUCUAAUGUUUCUACAUGGACCCCUCAGCCUGGUGCUGUACUAGACCUGGGGAGAAUGCUGAAGGAUCCUACAGACAGCAAGAGCAUCAUAAACCCUCCAUCUGGGACUAAGAUUUAUAAAGAUUCUUGGGACUUUGCACCAUACUUGCAAACACUGAAUGACACUAUAGAAGAUGAAAUCUUUCUUCACUCAUCCUGGAUAAAAGAGUACUUCACUUGGGCUGGAUUUAAGAAUUACAAUCUUGUGAUCAGGAUGAUUGAGACAGAUGAGGAUUUCAACACUUUGCCUACAGGAUACAACUAUCUGGUUGAUUUUCUAGAUUUAUCCUUUCCAGCAGAAAGACCAAGCCGGAACCAUCCAUAUGAAGAAAUAAGAAGCCGGGUUGGUGUUAUCAGGCAUGUGGUGAAGCAUGGGUUGCUCUGGGAUGACUUAUAUAUAGGAUUCCAAACCCGACUCCAGCGUGAUCCUGACAUUUAUCAUCAUCUGUUUUGGAAUCAUUUUCAAAUAAAACUUCCUUUAACACCACCAAACUGGAAGUCCUUUUUGAUGCAACAAGGAUAGACUACUGCAUAGAAAGAAGAUCCAGGCCUGUAUGUUCACCAAAGGUAUUUGCCACCAUCAUGGAGGAUGUCCUACCCAAGGUUCAAAUGGGAGAGGAAUUCCUUAUACAAAGUAGAGAUCCCCAAAUGCUCCUUCUUGUAAACCACAUUGUGUUGCUUGUAUUAAAGGAUUGCUCAAUGAUACCUAUAUUUUUAAAAAUUACUAUAAUAACACAUAUAGAAAAUCCAUAAGUUUGAAAAAUGUCUGUAGCCAGAUGCGCAGGCAGUACAGUGAGAUAGUUUAUUAGUGCAUAUUCCUGACACAGGCACUGCAGAUGGACAGUGAGUUGGGUCCAGAAUUGAAUAGUCUGGGAUGAACUGCAUUCAGGAAGACGCACAGUGUCUUUAACAAUUGCAUAAAAUAUUUGCAUAAAAUAGCAUAAAAUAUAUAGCACAAAAACUCCCCAUUUUAACAACAACAACAAAUUACCCCCUUAAUGCUGUGUGGUUACAAAUCUCAGAAUAUC